UACUACUCUGAAUAGAUGCUGCACGGAUAAGCACUCUUCCAUUAUAUACUAUACUCAGACAUCAGUCUUUUUUUUUUUGUUUUUUUUUUUCUCUUUCGUUUCUCUCUCUUUCCCUCCUCCUAUUUAUUGUUUCAGGAGCUAAUAGGCUUAGCCAAUUUAAUAAACCACACCAUUCUAUUCUCCCCUUCUUCUUCUUCUUCUUUACUCGUCUAUCCAUGUUGCUUUAAGCAAGUUACUUAAUUACCUCUCAAUGGGAAAGAAGAAGGGAGGUAGUUCAUGGUUGAGUGCUGUUAAGAGGGCUUUCAGGUCACCAACUAAAGAUAACAGCUGCGAGAAAAAGGCGAAAAGAGAGCAUGAACUAGAGGAAGAUGAAGAAAAGAAAAGGGAGAAGAGAAGGUGGUUAUUCAGAAAGCAGUCGCAAAAUGGUCAACAAAAUGAAGGGAAGGUAAUUACUGAUCCAAAACAUGCAAUUGCAGUGGCCGCAGCAACAGCAGCAGCAGCUGAAGCUGCUGUGGCCAGCGCUCAAGCAGCGGUCGAGAUCAUCAGGUUGACCCGAUCUUCCAAUAAUCCGCCUUCAAACAGGCAACACAAUGCUGCUAUACUCAUCCAAACAGCAUUCAGAGGAUAUCUCGCUAGGAGGGCACUAAUAGCAUUGCAGGGGAUAGUAAAGCUUCAAGCAUUAAUAAGGGGUCAAAAUGUCCGGAAGCAAGCAAAGAUGACACUGAAAUGUAUGCAAGCUCUGCUUAGGGUGCAGGCUCGGGUUCGUGAACAACGUGCUCGCCUUUCACAUGAUGGAGGCCGCAGGUCAAUGUUUGCUGAAACAACCAAUUUAUGGGACUCUAAAUAUCUUCAUGACAUCCGAGACCGGAGUUCCAGAUCUAGAGAUGGAAGCUCCAUUGCUGAUGAUUGGAGGGAUUGUCCUAGAUCACUUCUAGAGCUGGAAUCAAUGUUACAAGCCAGAAAAGAAGCAUCCUUUAAACGGGAAAAAUCCCUUGCUCAUGCUUUUACUCAACAGGUAUUGGAUGAGAUGGAUGUUGGUAGUGAAGAAAGAAAUGAGAGGGAACUAGAAGAGUCGGCGAAUUGGCUAGAUGAGUGGAUGUCAUCAAAACAAUAUAACUCCAGCAGCAGAGGUUCAUUUGACAGAAGAGACUCUAUAAAGACUGUUGAGAUGGACACGGCUAAGCCGUACUCGAACAUAGUUCCAAAUGCUCGAAGAUCACAACAUUCGAGCCCACUUCAUAGACAAGCUAGUAGUCCUCGGAGAUCAUCAUACAAUUACUCUGCAGUUCAACCACCAGCCACCCCACCCCCUUGUCAACCGAAACCUCUCCAAAUUCGCCCAACAAGCCCACGUAAAAGCCAAUCAACUGCAAACACUCCAUGCCUUCGCUCCACUAGCCGUUCAAACAGUAUAAUGUCCCGUUAUAGCAUUUCAGGAAUUGAUGCAGCUGCUGCAUCAGUUCCUAAUUAUAUGGCUGCUACUGAGUCUGCAAAAGCUCGGAUUCGUUCACAAAGCACACCAAAACAAAGACCUUCCACACCAGAAAGAGAAAGAGUUGGGUCUGUUAAAAAACGUCUCUCUUAUCCAAUUCCUGAACCAUACUCAGUAAAUGGUACCUAUGGCUAUAGUCAGAACUUGAGAAGUCCUAGCUUCAAAAGUCUCCAAGCUGCCUAUCUUGGGAUGGAACAACAAUCGAACUACUCGUGUUACACCGACAGCCUUGGUGGAGAAAUUUAUUCUCCGUGUUCAACCACUGAUUUGAGGAGGUGGUUAAGAUGAGAAAUCCAGAGAUAGUAAUCAAGUGAAUAAGGAUGACCUACCCCAAGCCAGCUCUUGUGUGUGCUAUCUUUCUUUAAUUUAGAUGGGAAAAUCAGGGUGUUAGGUGAAUGCUAGUUGUAAAAGAAGCAAGAAAAUGUCUUAGCCCUGAUCUGUAUUUCUUUGUUCAUUUUCUAGCUUAUAGUAGAGGUAAAAUCUUGAGUUUUCUUUUAUGGUUCAGUUUCCUUCAGCUCAUUAUGCACAACGCAAUUAACGCUUAGGAAUUAUGUAGUCCUAUCGAACAAAUUAAUCAAUGCUCCAACUUACUCA